AUGCGAGGCCUCUCCCGCCUGAGCCUCGGGCUCCUCGUCGGCCUCGCCGCGCGCGCCCACGCCGCUUGCACGGGCGUUCUUAAGCUCGAAGCCGAGGAUGCUGUCCUCUCGGGUACCCAGGCCCUCACCGAGCUCGCCGGCUUCUCCGGCAGCGGCUACGUCGGCGGUUUCGACGAGUCCGCCGACAAGAUCACCUUCACCGUCCAGGCCACCGAGCAGAAGCUGUACGACCUGACGAUUCGCUACGCCGGCAUUUACGGCGCCAAGCGCACCACCGUCACCCUGAACGGCGGCAUUAGCUUCGAGGUCCCCUUUGAGGAGACCACCUCGUGGGAGACUGCUUCCGGUGGCCAGGUGCUCUUGGACAAGGGUGCCAACACCAUUGUGAUCAGCAACAACUGGGGAUGGUACCUCGUUGAUUACAUUUCCCUCAAGCCUUCCGCUCCCAGGGCCGCCCACCAAAUCACCGAUACCCUCGUCAACCCCGCCGCCGACGCCAACGCCUACAAGCUAUACCGCUACCUCAAGUCCAUCUACGGCAAGAAGAUCCUCUCGGGACAGCAAGACCUCACCUGGGCUGACUACGCCGCCAACAAGGCCGGCAAGUACCCCGCCCUCCUCUCCGUCGAUCUCAUGGACUACAGUCCCUCUCGCGUCGAGCGCGGCACCGUAGGCACCUCCAUGGAAGACGCCAUCGCCCACCACAAGAAGGGCGGCGUCGUCUCCGUCCUCUGGCACUGGAACGCCCCCACCGGCCUCUACGACACCUCGGAGCAGAGGUGGUGGAGCGGCUUCUACACCGCCGCCACCGACUUCAACGUCGAGACCGCCCUCGCCGACACCACCAACGCCAACUACACCCUCCUCGUCCGCGACAUCGACGCCAUCGCCGUCCAGCUCAAGAAGCUCCAGACCGCCGGCCUCUGGAAGCUCCUCCACGACCGCUUGACCGGCCACCACGGCAUCAACAACCUCAUCUGGGUCUGGAACUCCAUCGCUCCCGCGUGGUACCCCGGUGACAGCUCCGUUGACAUUGUCAGCGCUGACGUCUACUCCCAGGGCAAUGGCCCCAUGGCCAUUGAGUACGAGCAGGUCAUUUCCCUCGGCAAGGACACCAAGAUGGCCGCUGCCACCGAGGUCGGCGCCGCUCCCCGCCCCUCGCUCCUCCAGGCCUACCAGGCUCACUGGCUGUACUUCUGCGUCUGGGGAGACAGCUUCAUCAACAACGACGCCUGGAACUCCGCCGCCACUCUCAAGGAGAUCUACGAGUCCGACUACGUCCUUACCCUCGACGAGAUCCAGGGCUGGGCCUCGACCGUUUAA